UUCUUCCUCAAUUCACCACAAACCAUAAGAAGAGCACCCACACAGAGUCGUCGCUCUUCUCUAUCAAUACCAUUGCCACUCAACAGAGCUCCAAUGAAUACUAAUUUCACCUAUCGUUAAGCGGGAGGAUAGCCCGAUGGAUUCUCAAAUGGCCUCUGCUUGGAAGAGCAGUGUCGAAAAUCACUUUUCGCUUCAAUCAAAUGCUGCCCCGGACACUGCACAAGUGCCGUUGAAGGUACCUUUCGUUAUUGGUGUUGCUGGAGGGACUGCAUCUGGCAAAACAACUGUUUGCAAUAUGAUUAUGUCACAGCUUCAGAAUCAACGCGUCGUACUAAUCAAUCAAGAAGCAUUUUAUCAUCCAUUAACUGCAGAGCAGUUAGAGAAAGUUCACGACUACAACUUUGAUCAUCCUGAUGCCUUUAACACUGAGCUUCUGCUAUCAUGUAUGGAAAAAUUAAAACAUGGACAAGCAAUUAGCAUCCCCAAUUAUGAUUUCAAGAGCCAUAGAAGCAUUGAAGCAGCCCGUGUGGUCAAUCCCUCAGAUGUCAUCAUUUUAGAUGGAAUUCUUAUUCUACAUGAUCCUCGUGUACGUGAAAUCAUGAACAUGAAGAUCUUUGUUGAUUCAGACUCUGAUGUGCGGCUGGCCAGGAGGAUACGACGAGAUACUGUUGAGAGGAACAGAAACAUCCAAUACGUGCUAGACCAAUAUGCAAAAUAUGUUAAACCUGGUUUUGAGGACUUCAUUCAUCCAACAAAGAAAUAUGCUGAUGUAAUAAUUCCACGAGGAGCAGAUAAUGAUGUUGCAAUCGACUUAAUAGUUCAACAUAUUCGUACAAAGCUUGGACAGCACCACCUUUGCAAAAUAUAUUCAAAUGUAUUUGUUAUACAUUCCACAUUUCAGAUGCGUGGGAUGCACACGCUUGUACGAAAUGCAAAAACAACCAAGCAUGACUUUGUUUUUUAUGCUGACCGCCUUAUACGAUUGGUUGUGGAGCAUGGUCUUGGUCAUCUUCCUUUUACUGAGAAGCAGAUAACCACUCCUACAGGUAGGUCACUUUGCUAUUAUCAUUUGCUUCCACUUAAACAGAAAGUUAGCCCAUCAAGUCUAGGGAGGUGGGAGAUGUUCUCACACGAGUUUAAAUUUCACUGAUGUUUAAAAAAUAUUUGCACAAUCAGAUAUCGUCCACACUAAAUAUGGUGCACAUAUAUGGAAUUGACUUUAAGUUAUAUUUGUUAGGAUCGGGAACCCGGGUAGUGCAGAAUUUAGCCAACCAACGAUAUAAUGAUAAUAACAAAGAUAAUGGAAGGUGAUAAUAACGGCAAUUAA